AUGAAUCCCAUGACCAAUGUUAAGAAUGUAUUAAAGCUAAGUGAAAGAGAACUUGCGGGAAAUUCGAAAAGUUCCUGGCAUGAUCAAUACAAAGACAGUGCAUGGAUUUUCGUUGGAGGCCUGCCUUAUGAUUUAACAGAAGGUGAUAUCAUAUGCGUUUUCUCACAAUACGGCGAAAUAGUUAACAUUAAUUUAGUAAGGGAUAAAGCUACAGGCAAAUCAAGAGGAUUUGCCUUUAUUUGUUAUGAGGAUCAAAGAUCCACUAUCCUUUCUGUAGAUAACCUUAAUGGAAUUAAGAUUUUAGGUAGAACCAUUCGUGUUGAUCACUGUGAACAAUAUAGGGCUCCAAAUGCUGACAUGAGUAAAAUAGAUGAAGUGACUGCUUCAAUUAGGAUAGAGGGGUGUGCACCGAUUAUUUCACCACAACAAGCAACAGAAAUAAAUCAAGUAAAAACAGAAAAAGAACAAAAGGAGAAAAAGAAAAAGCAUAAAGACAAGAAGAGCAAAAAGAAAAAGAAAAGAAGUAGAUCUCAUUCAACU